AUGAAUCGCAGCACCCUGGAGGGACAGACAGCUCCAGAGGAGUCCUACCUCCAUGUGGGUGGAAACGGUCUAGACAUGGGCAGAGGAGUUCUCCAGACCAAGCUGCUUAAGCUGAAGCCAGCAGUGGACGAGAUGUUCCCAGAGGGCACCGGGCCCUAUGUGGACCUGGACGAGGCAGGAGGCAGCACCAGGUUCCUGAUGGACUUGACAGCCAAUGAAAAGGCAGUUCAUGCAGACUUUUGUAAUGAGUUUGAUGAUGAUGACAUCGAGUGA